AACUUAAGCUAUAUAGGACUCGUGCUGGUCUUGGUUGGCUGCACCUCGGGCAUGGAAGUGAUCGUGACCGAUCCCCUCACGGCUCUGAACGGCACCACGGUCAAGAUCAGCUGCAUCUUCACCUCCUGCUACAAGGUGGACCACGGGAAGUUCUCCAUGAACUGGAGCUACCAGGAGACUGUCAACGACACCAGAGAAAUGUUCAUGGUCUUCCAGAAGAACAGGCUCCAGUCCCUGAGUAGCGAGCGCUUCUCGGACCGCGUGUCCUUCGUGGGUAACGUGGACAAGAACGACCUGUCCAUCACACUGGCGGACGUGCAGGUCCAGGACGAGGGCCAAUACCACUGUUUCGUCCGCAACCCCCCCGACAGAAUACUCGGACUCGGCACUAUCAAUCUCAUCGUCGUCACAGAACUGCCGCCGCCCAGGGACACCACCAUCGCCGUGGCGAUAGGGGCGUCGGUGGGCGGCAUGCUGGCGCUGCUCAUCCUCUCCAUGGUGGUCGUCAAGUGCAUCCGUCGCCACCGGAAACAAGAGCUCAUCUCCGACGAGCAGAAGAUGGAGGAGGAGGGCAAGCUGGACGCGGACGGAGGAGGAGAGGAGGCCAGCAAGCAACUCUAACUGCGCUCCUCGGAGAAGGCCUUGGGUUGGUGGAGCCUGUCCCGCCUCUCAUGCGCUGACAUGUAUAUUCCCUGCCUGAAGAUGUUUAUUGAGCCUUGCUUUCUGUCAUCGUCCUGCGACUGCCUCACC